UAGGAAAGUAAGAAAAAAGGAUGAAAAUAUUAGAGAAAAAAUGAGGAGAGCUUGAAACAGUAAUAAGGAAAAUUGAGUGGCACUAUAGCAAAACUACCUCAAUGGUAUGUUUCCUGAAAAUAAAUAAAAAUUAAAAAAAAACUCGACAACUGAGAAAAUCACAGAUUCAUUCACCCAAGUGUAACUGAGAGAGGAGAGAGCUAGAGAGGAAAGGGGGUGGUGGGGGAAGAAGAGGGUUAGAGAGAGAGAGGGUUUGGAAUUGAGUCUGGGUCUCUGGGGAAGAAGAAGACCGAGAGAGAGGGAGAGAUGUCAGACCUAGACCGGCAAAUAGAGCAGUUGAAGAAAUGUGAGCCUUUGAAGGAGGCAGAAGUGAAAGCUCUAUGCCUCAAAGCCAUGGAAAUCCUCGUCGAAGAGAGCAACGUUCAGAGAGUGGAUGCCCCUGUUACUAUAUGUGGCGACAUACAUGGUCAAUUUUAUGACAUGAAAGAGCUUUUCAAAGUAGGAGGUGAUUGCCCUAAGACUAACUAUUUGUUCCUUGGAGAUUUUGUUGACAGAGGAUUUUACUCUGUCGAGACAUUUUUACUUCUACUUGCGUUGAAGGUGAGAUAUCCAGAUCGGAUAACCCUCAUCCGAGGGAAUCAUGAGAGUCGUCAGAUUACACAGGUAUAUGGAUUCUAUGACGAGUGCCUUCGUAAAUAUGGUUCUGCAAAUGUUUGGAGAUAUUGCACUGAUAUAUUCGAUUACCUAAGUCUAUCAGCUCUCAUCGAGAACAAAAUUUUUAGUGUCCAUGGUGGUCUUUCCCCAGCCAUUUCAACAUUGGAUCAGAUACGCAUAAUCGAUCGAAAGCAAGAAGUACCUCAUGAUGGUGCAAUGUGUGACCUGUUAUGGUCAGAUCCCGAAGAUAUUGUCGAUGGUUGGGGUUUGAGUCCUCGUGGUGCUGGUUUCCUCUUUGGUGGCAGUGUCGUUACUUCAUUUAACCACACAAAUAAUAUUGAUUAUAUAUGUCGUGCUCAUCAGUUGGUUAUGGAAGGAUAUAAAUGGAUGUUCAAUAGCCAGAUAGUGACAGUGUGGUCAGCUCCAAAUUACUGUUACAGGUGUGGUAAUGUAGCUGCGAUUCUUGAACUGGAUGAAAAUCUUAAUAAGCAGUUUCGAGUGUUUGAAGCUGCUCCUCAGGAAUCGAGAGGGACACCUGCCAAAAAACCUGCACCAGACUACUUUCUAUGACAUAAUAAUCGGGUAAAAGCUCACCCUUGUAGUGUCCACCAAACCAAGCUUCAACUGUUGAGCAACAAAUAUACAUUGGCAUUGUUGAUGAAGAUGGUUUCACCUGAAAAUGGAAGUAUUCUUUAGUGUUAGACUUCCCAACGAUCGCUUGCUCGAAGGACCAGCGAUAUUCAUACUUCUGUUGAUUGGUUUGGAAUAUUGAGAUAUAUUUCCCUAUUUUUUUCUCCUACAUCUUUGAUAUUUCUUUGUAUAAGUAAUGUGCAUUACCAUUAGCAGAGUCUCUCUCUCUCUCUCUCUCUCUCUCUCUCUCUCUCUCUCUCUCUCUCUCUCUCUCUCUCUCUCUCUCUCUCUCUCUCUCUCUCUCUCUCUUAUAGAACACUCUUAGAACAGAUAGGUGAUCGGUGUUGAAAUGGAAGUUUUUGCUUCCUUGCACAAAGGGGUUGAAUUGGAUUAUAAAAAAGCUACUCAUAUUGAGUUUCCUUGCCUAUUUAGGCAAUAAAUGUUUUUUUGUGUCCCCCAUCCUAUGCCCCUCAGCUUCGUCUAUGAAAAUUUGACUCGGAGUUGUAAUUUAUCAUUAUUGACUUAUGAUUUGUACUUUGUCAAGUGGCAAGAAACUUGUGUCCUUAUUUUACAGUUACAUUCAAGUUUGCAAAGUAUGCUAUUUUUUUGGGGUGUUUAUCCAAUUCAA